GGUAGCGCACACAAGAGCUAACGGUUUUUUCCAUGUUUUCCUAAUUUUAGGAGAUUUUAACCAUGUUUUUUCUAGAAUUUAUGAAUUAGACAAGUAUUAUUGGAAGUAGAUAUUGUGAAAAAUGACCGAGAGAAAGUUUACGACGCUCAGAAAGCGUCUGGAUCAGCUGGGAUAUCGCCAGGCUCUCGGAAUCGAAUCUGUGCCUCUAGUGGAGAAGUUGUUCAGCGAUCUGGUCCACACGACGGAAAGUUUGAAGAACUUAAAACUCCAAUCAAGCAGACAUGAUCGCAGUAGAACUUCUGUUGAGGACCACGUUGAACCCUAUAGAAGUGAUAAUGCUAAACUCGUUAAAGAAAACAACGAAAUUCACCUGCAACUUAUUAAACUACGCGAGGAAUCGGACGAAAAGAUUCGAGAAUUGAAGGCGACUGUUCGAAAACUCGAACACGAAAACGCUGACUUAAAAUUUCUAAAUACUCAAUACGUACACAAGGUGAAAGCUCUCGAAAAGGAUGCUAAGUCUAAGACGGAUAAAAUUCAAGAGCUUCAGGAGAAGAAUUUGCAUGCAAUUGUGGAAACCCCCGGAGGAAGACGAAAGCAGAUUCCUUUUAGGCGCCAACGAAUGGAUAUCGAGAGUACAGUCUCCCCUGCAAAAGAUCGUAGGGAAAACUCUCUUCAAGAUACUCAAGAUCCUUAUGUAGCUGAUCUUCUCAGUGUAGCUGAUAAAAGAAUCGAAGAACUUGAAGCUAAAUUAUCUCAAGUUUUGGACGACAAAGAUGCCGGAGAAAGAAGGAAUAGGACAUUACGUAAACAAGUUGAGUCUCGUGAAAAGGAAAUCGACAGAUUGAAUAGACAGUUAGACGGAGGGCGUCCUCUAGAUGCUGUUACCAGAGAUGUCAAGUCUGACAGUAGUGAUAGAGUUGUUGCUCAUCUCAAUGUUCAAGUUGAUUAUCUUCAACAAGCUAAUCGUGAUUUAGAAAGAAGGCUAAAGGAUUCUAUAGACAAACAGGCUAUGACAUCCCAGAAAUCUGAAGAUUUAGAGGAGAAAAAUGCUGAACUUCUCAUGGAAUUGAAGAAUAUAGAUAGAAUGUCUAAAAGACUAGAAGAAUCGAAAACCGUUGAUGUUGGAUUAGUAAAAGCUGAACUUGYUGAAGCAAGAGCAGAAAUAAAGAAUCUUCAACUACAAUAUGAUGACUCAAAUCAAGAAAUCAAAGAAAUUAGAAAGGAAAGGCAAAAGUUGAUAGAGGAAAAUGAACGACUUGCCGUACUCGUUGAAAAAGUUGAACAAGAUGGGAGAAGUGCUGCAGAACUGCUGGACAAAUCUGAAAGAGAAAGAAAGAGAAUAUCAGAGAAAAAUGCUCAACUAACAAUUAAUGAGAGAGAACUUGUAAUGGAMCUUGAACGAUUAAAAUUAGUGAAAUCAACGAAGAACAAGAAAGCGAGAGACAGAUCGCCAUCGAGGCUAGAAAUUCUUGUAAAAACGUUAGAGAAAGAACGCGAUUAUUACAAAGCUGAAUGUGACUCGCUACAAGAUAUGAUGAGAAAACGGCUUACUGCGCCCUCGUCGCCGAGUAAGAAGAAAGGCAAGAUAGCAAGCAAAGGAAAGUCCCAAGCACACCUCGAAAGUAUGUUACAAUUAAUGGAAGAAGAAAGAGAUUUCUACAAACGAGAAUGCGAACUUCAAAGAAAUGUCAGAGAAAAAGCUGGCAUAAUGUCACCGCCGACUCGAGAAAAGGAUUCUCGAAGUAAUCAGAAUGAGGUUAGCAGAUUAAGAAGAGAAAGAGAUGAACUUCAAUCUAUGGUGGAAAAAUUCGAAAAACAUUUGACCGAGAUUCAAGCAAACGUUAAAUCGCUGACGCAAGAUAGAGAUAAUGUACAAACUCUUUACGAACAGGCAUUAGUGGAGAUUGAACGGCUACGCCGAUCAGUAUCGCGAGCGCGCUCCCCGUCACCAUCACGCGCGGCUUCUGCAGUACUGUCACGAGUUGAAGCAGAGAGGGAUAAUGCUGUGGCUGAUUUACGACGGGCUCAUAACCAAAUAGAAAAUCUCGAAGACAAACUCAAGGCGGCAAACGAAAGUAGCGAAUUGGAAAAACGACGAUACGAAGAUAAAGUAGCAAAUUAUGAAGAUAUGCUCGACAAAGUGGAGACUGAUCGUAACGAACUCCAUUCCCGCGUCACAUCUCUACGUAGCAUGGUAUCAAAUCUAGAAGACCAAGUCAAGCAGACUUCUGCUCAGCUUUCUAAGACAAAAGACGCGGUCUACGAGAAAGAUGCCGACAUUAAUCGUGAGGUAUUACGAUGUGAACAAGCUGAGAGAACGGCUGAGGACUUCCAAAGGCGGCUUACUCGCACUGCGGGUGAUUUACAGGCCAGUGAGGAGAAAAAUGUUCGACUAGAAGAAAGAAUAGAAUCUUUUGAAAGAAAGCACUCGUCAGAUAGAGAAGAAUUAGCCGAACUACGCGCAACAAUUAAAUCAAUGGAUCGAGAAAAAGAUGAAUUACAACAGCAAGUGGAUGAAAAAACUGAAGAUAUCAUGAAUCUAGAAGCUAUUAAAAUAACACUAGAAAAGGCCGAAAAGGAAUUAAAACUUAAUAUGAAUGAUCUAGAAGCACAACUCGGUCAUACAGUUGAGCAAGGCUCAUUGAAAGAUAGAGAAAUGAAGAGUCUAAGAAGGCAACUAGAAGCCAGAGAUGAUGAACUGUCAGAGAUGACCAGGGGAAGGGAGGCAGCUUUGAGAGAAAACCGACGGUUACAGGAGGACAUCAACACAUUAACGGAAGAAAACCAGGCAAUACAUCAACAGUUACAAGAAGCUCUCGAAGAACAAGAAAACCUAAAAAUACAAAUAUCAGAAUAUGCGAGACAAGUUGCAAGAAUAGAAGAGUUGCUGGCACAAAAGGACCAUGAAAAAGAAGAUCUAAUGGAACAAUACAGAGCCCUGACGUCAGAGGCUGAUCGGCUGGUUACCGAAUCGAAACAGUCAGCAGAUCAGGUAUCUAACUACCGAAUGGAGAUCGUACAACGGGAACAAAGCGAAAGAGAUACGAGAGACAAACUGCGGCUACUGGAAGAUGAGAUUGAACAGCAUGUUGCAGCCGCAAAUGAAUACGAAAUGCAAGUAUCGAGCCUCACAAGAUCUUUAUCUCAAAUGGAGGGACAAAUGAGGCAGGCCAAUGAAGACAGGGAAAACUUAUUGCAAGAUAUCAAUGCCCUCAGAGAAUUGUGCAGGAAGCUGGACCAGACGAGAGAGUCGUUGUCACGGCAACUAGCCACUAAAAACCUCGAUCAAGACCAGCUGCGAGAACUACUAGAAGAAUCCAAAGGGGAGACAGAGGCGCUCAGACGAAAAGUGUUUGACGAGAAAGAAACCGUGAGGAGUCUUGAAGGAGUUAUCGCCAAACAGAGACAAAAGGAAUAUAGUGGUCGAAAAUCCCUGGAGACUACACUAGAAGAAGUAGACAGACUGAAAGAUAAGCUCUCCAAGCACGACCAUGAAAAAUCCUACCAUAGACAGGAAAUUGAGACUCUAAGACAGGCGUCGGGCCGACUGGAAGACGAAGUAUCUAGACUACGGAAGCAGUUAAUAUCAGAAAAAUACGAAAGAGAGAAACUUGUGCACGAGACAAGUAGAGUUGGUUCAAGAUACUCGCGCAACACAGACCAGCGUCUUCACACGUCAUUCACAAGCAGUGAGUUCGCUAAGAUGCAACCCAAGGACAUGUCAUCACCUUUAGCAUCUGAUACCAAUGACUCUGGGGCUCGGGUCAUAUCACCAAUACGACGAUAUAGUGAUGAUGACUAUUCUGAUGCAAGUUAAAGUAAAUUUCUUAGACAAAAAAUCAAAGAGAACGUGUCCAUAAAUACAGGGUUUGACUGUACAGCACACUUGCCCUCUACAGUGUAUAAAUGAGUAUAUGAAGGUGACAAGUAUACUCCUAGUUACAGUACUCCAACUUCGGCAUAUUUUGCUGUAUAUCCAUCCAUACAUACCAUGCAUUACUCUAGAAGAUUUGAAGCCUUAGGCAUGCAUGAUCAGAUUGUGUAGGUUCUUAAUUCACGAUUCAAAUGGUUACCAAGUAACUACCAACUAUCUAUUAAUUUUACGAGUGUGAGAUGUCGUCUCUGUCACUAGCCUUUGUUACAGUGACACAGUGAUGGGGGCCAAGGUUUUUAUUUCUUUCUUGUGUUAUAUAUUUGCCUCAUCAUUUUUGCUUCUUCUCUAUCCCUCUCAUAUUCCCUUUCCUUCUAAUCUCCUUACCUUCCAAUCUUCUCUUUCCUUUUUCCUUUCAUUUUUUUAAAGUAUUUUUAAUUUUAAUUAGUUUAAUUAUGUUUUAGAGAAAAUAAAAAUAUAUGAUUCCAAUUUUGAAGUAUAAAUAAACCUGUGCUAACAGACCUCUGCCUUGGGCCUAAUGUUUUCCCAUUUCAGACCACAUGUCAAUCUCUUGAAUACAAGCUUCUUUGUUUGAGCUGUAUCCCAUAUUCAUGCGUCUUCUCAAGUGCAACUGAACAAAGAAAUAAUAUUCUAGAAUAUUCUAGGGAAUGACACAAGCUCUGAAGUGAAAAAAACAUUACGUCAAAGAUAAAGUGUCCUAUAGACACAUAAUGAACACUAGUUGCUGAUUUCCUCACAUUUAAAAAUCACCCUAGCAACCAAAAGUAAAAUUAUCCAACUGUUGUGAUUUUAUAUAUAUUUAUAACUUAACAUUUUCAAGACUGUAAAUAUUGUGAAAAAAAUAAUAAUCUUUUUAUUCUUUGCUACGUGUAGAGUAAAAUAUUAAAG